CCUCAUUCCUCAUUCCUCAUUCCUCAUAACGCUCAUAUAAAACUUCACUUUUACUCCACGCACUAUGUCUGCUUACAAUUUCCAAACUCUUGCAGAAGAUGUAGCUCUAGAUUGCCAGGCUGUCAUCGCCAACAAAACCGUGCUGGUGACGGGUGUUAGCCCAGGUGGUCUUGGUGCCGAGUUCGCUAAGGUCAUCGCCCUCCAUCGUCCUUCUCUUAUCAUCCUGGCCAACCGCGACCCACUCAAAGCCCAGCAAACUGCGAAAGAGAUUUUAGUCAUUGCUCCAGAUGUGCCCACCCGUCUUUUGAAACUAGACCUAGCCUCUCAGACCCAGGUCCGCAACGCCGCCCAGGAGGUCCUGGCAUAUGACGAACAUAUCGACGUGCUUGUAAACAACGCCGGUGUCAUGGCAUCCCCAUUCUCAUUGUCAGAGGACAGCGUUGAAAGUCAGUUCGCUACCAACCAUGUGGGACAUUUCCUCUUCACCAACCUGAUCAUGAGUAAAUUGGUGAGGUCUGGGAAAUCUUCUCGGGUCGUGAAUGUAUCCAGCAAUGGCCACCAGCUCGGCCCAGUCCGGUUCCAUGACUGGAACUUUGAUGACGGCAAAAAUUAUGAUGCUUGGCUGGCUUAUGGCCAAACAAAGUCCGCCAAUAUGCUCUUCUCCGUGUCCCUUGCACAAAAGCUGGGCAGUAAAGGCCUUACCGCCGUCAGCCUACAUCCCGGGACUAUUCAGACACAUUUGGGGGGAGGCAGGUGGGACGAACUGUAUGAAUCACUCAUUAAAUGGUUCACCCUGUUGGGGUACUUUCGUGGAGGGCAGAACGAGAUUCUAUGGAAGACUCUGUCGCAAGGCGUAGCAACUCAUGUCUUUGCUGCUUUUCACCCGUCUCUCACAGCAUCAGAGAACAACGGAAGUUAUGUCCAGGAUUGCACGGUUUCAAAGCCGGAACAUGUUCGCAGCUGGGCCCGGGAUCCCAUUGAAGCAGAACAGCUGUGGAAAUUGACCGAAGAGAUCAUGGGUGAAAAGUUCGAGUAUUAGGAGUAAUAUGUGGGGACCACUCGCAGGUGGCACGAGAGGAGCACAGUUUUGAAUGAUGAGCUAGUAUUUCAUGAUAUAUGACGAG